GUAAAGAGAUCUUUUGGUCAUACCCUAUAAAUACACUGAUGUUUGUGCGUCUUUGCAAAGCGAGCACCAAUUACGAGGAAGCUUGUGUUACUGUGUGAAAGGCUGAAAGCACGGGUUUUCGUGUUUGGCGAGGUCACAAGAAAUGGGGAAAAUGGAACAAACACUAUCCCAGUUCCUGAUGUUCAUCAUUCUUAUUGGCUGGACUCAGGGAGAAAAAAACGCUAUAAAGUAUUACAGCUCCUCCUAUGGGAUUCUGUGUGAUGACACCUGUGGCACGCAUGAACAAAACUACUACUGGUGCAACACUAAAAUGGGAUGGGAUUAUUGCUCACCAGAAGAGAAUACAGAUUACACGGGCCAGCCAUGUCGAGAGGACCAUCCCUGUGGGAAGUAUGGCACAUCUUACCAUUGGUGCUAUACUAAGGGUGACAGCUGGGGUUACUGUGGUUUACUGAGAGAUACUUCAGAGCCAAAGACCAGGUUGUAUAUAGGUGCGUCCCUUAUGAAUGCAUGCUGGGAUGCAUGUUUGUAUGAUGAGGGAAAGAAAUUCUUCUGGUGUCACACGGAUGAAGGGUGGGACUACUGCUCUCCACUACCUGAUGUCACGUACAAGAAUGAGCCAUGCCGCUUGGACCACUAUUGUGGCACUCACAACUACAGUUACACCUGGUGCUUCACAAACUCAAGUUAUGACUACUGUGGACGCAUCAGCGAUGGAGAAUGCACGUAUAUCACCCCUAAAACUAAUAAAAAAGACAUUAAUACUGGGAUAUCCUGCACAUGGAAGGAUGCAAAGAAUGAAAAACAGAUCAAGUUCAACCUUGAGCCAGAACUUACAAUAUCUAGUGAAGGUUCCACCUGGAAGAACGAGAUAAUCAACUUCAUUGCACGCUGGAAAAAUACCUACUUGAACCCACAGGCCAGUUCCAAGCUGAUCACCUCAGACAACCUCAGGUUUGAGGUACAGAAGCUGGUGAAUGAAGAAGGUGAGCAAUACUAUAACCUGCAAAUCGUGGUGAAUGUACACGCCCAGAAUGGGAGGAGCACCAAACUGGCCCAGGUGCACAUACCGGAGUACGGAGUUCCAGACAGAUUUGUCCAAUUGGCCUUUGUGGAGAGCUUCUGGCAUCACGCCAGGAUUUCUUUGAAAAUUAAUGAGAGCAUAUACAGUUAAUAUGAAGUGAUACAUCGGUAUAUAUUUUAAUAUCAUUUCCUCAUCUUAAUUAAAUGUUAAUUAUGUGAAAAAUUAUUACCUAAACAUGUUACACUGCUCGCUGUACUAAAAUGUUCACCCUAUCAUUUGGAAAUCAUAAUUUGAAUCUCCAUGAUGCCACAACCAUCCAUGGCUCGCUGCCAGGGAAGCAAAAUCGGCCAUGCUAUCUGUGUGGGAGGAGCAUACUCUCUCUCGCCUGUCAAUCACUGUGACACUAACCAGUCACUGGUAGGUGGGAAGUGGCAGUUGAACAAAUUGUGCAACAAAAAAAAAAAAACACAACAAAAAAGGGGGUGGGGGGAACACAGAGAAAAGAUAUGCCUUUUUUUUAAUGCAAAACACAUUAUCUCCUGUCAAAAAAAGUCUUACCAGUCUACCAAAUUGUGGUGAAUGUACACGCCCAGAGUGGGAGGAGCACCAAACUGGCCCAGGUGCUCAAGUUCCAGACAGAUUUGUCCAAUUGGCCUUCAAGGAGAGCUUCCGUCAUCAGGCCAGUUAGUUUUUCACAUGGGUGAUAGGUGUCGCUUCAAUAAAAAAUAAUAAAAUAAUAAAAACUGUAUUCACGUAGUAUUUCGUUUGAAGAUCUAAAGCUAUUAUUUAGUUACGAAGACGAAGACGUUCCAGACAGAUACGUCCAUAAGGCCUUAAUGGAGAGCCUCCACCGUCGUGCCAAGGUUUUUGUGGACGUGAGCGAUAAUAGCUUUAUUUUAGAAAGUCUAACAUAAUCUGUUGAUUCUCAGCUAAUGAUUACCUAUAUCCCAUUAUAUCUAAAAUGAAACUUGCUUAUGCACCAUUGAUGUCAUUUAACAAGAUUUAUAAUGGACUUCUGCUAGCUACCUGAAGCUACAGACCCACGUAGCAUGCUUCUUCAUGAAUAUAUUUGAUUUACUGAAGACUGGUGGCACACAGACAUUGUGAAUGAUAAUUGAGCUAAAAGAGUAUUGUAGCUUCUGAUCAUGAAAAUCCUCAUCUAUAAAUGUUUGUGUCAGUACAGCUGAUUAAAAUGUGCAUCACUACACUGAUGACAUUAACUACAUACAAUUCAUGUUUUAGCUCGCUUCAAGCAACAGAGAAAUGUAACUGAUUAUAGAAAUAAAAUAAAAACGCAUUUACAUUUCUAUAUCUUUACUUUGUAAUAAAAUGAAAUGAGCUUCUAGCUGAUUCUUCUUUCCCUGACGACUUUGUGUUUUAAUAUGGAAAAUAUUUGCAUUGAAUUCGGCGACAGAAUCUCCACCUCUACAAAAGGUCACCACUUUUCUAUCAGUUAAGAAGAUGGAGUUUAACGGAAAGUAAAACACUUCAUAUCUUGUGCUGUUACAGUAAACAAAAUAAUCCACAAAAGGGGUGGUGUAAAGAACCAGAGUUAACAGUUACCACCCCAAAGGUGAUUAUUUUCCAAUAACUGAAAUGUCUGAGUCUUUCUAUACCACUGUGGUUUGCCAAUGAUGACUAUUUUUUUCUAUUAAAUAAUGACACAAUGUACAUUUAAAAAAACCCAAAAAACCUGUUUAUACUUAAAUUGAAUGUUGUGAGCCUGAAUCGCUGUUAUUUCAAAGGACUCAAGAAUAAUGUUCCAUAUUGAGCAGUAGAGAAGGAAAAAUUGUCCGGGAUAUGAGGUGGAGGCAGAUGCAAGUACAGACUAUUUAGUAUUAAAUAAAAAUCACAAAUGAAACGAACAUAACAGCAAUCAUAUACAAAGCAAGAAACAGCCAGGAAACAAAAAGCAAACAACAAAUGACAGAGAAACUCACAUAAACCAGAACUUAAAUAUGGGUGCUAAGAACAAGAAACAGGUGAGUGAUCAGUGAGGCAUUUGACAUGGUCAUGUGAUGUGCUGGGGCUGAUGGGCGUUGUAGUUGUAGUCAUGUAGUUGGUCAUUUUGUUUCGUCGGUCUCCGUUACGCAAUAAUUUGGAGAGGGCCACAGUUUGACGAGGCGAACAGAGCGAUUCCUACCGAAAUCACGGACUACAACGCAAGCCUUCAACUUUACACCAAAAAUGGCUACGCGUGUGCUCGGAUAUAUAUCGGAAAAUCCUUCACUUAUUGGGAAAAAGAGUUUGCCAACUCAUGGGUGUCUUUCUACAGCAGCUCUGAAGAUCCCGACAACAAAUACCAAUCCUAUCAGUGGGUCACAAAGUUCACGAAAGUUGACAACACUAAAGAAUAUCUCAUCUACGAGUACGAGUCAUCCAUGAGUAUCGGACCUGGAGUCCAAGCUCGCUUUCUGUUCUCCACUCAUUAUUUCUUCAGGAGGUUUAGUUCUACAACCGUCAAAGCUCACACUAUUCCUUGGGAGAGUGAAUAACUGAUUAGAACAGAGCAUAUAAUAUAUAAUACAUAAGAAAACCCUGUCUUGGAAACAAAUUAGCAUGUGAUGAAAAUGAUGUUUAGCUGUCAGGUUUCAUUCCAAUGAAAUGAACUGAUGCAGAAACAAUAAAAAUCAAUCAAUCAAUAAAUAAGAAAACAAAUUAUCACAAAAAUUAGUGCAACUGUGAUUGGGGCUGGUGAGGGGAUGAGUGUUUAUAGCUGCUAUAAUGCGAGUAAGAACAGGAUGCAACACUUUUCAUGGACAGUACACAUUAAACGUAACUAUAAAUGGAUAAAAAGUCAGAUUAAUCGGUUUUUAAUUAGAUACCAUAUGUUUGUCAAGCACAUAUUAAUAAAAAGUUAUUCCUAAAUUUGAAAUCCUAGUUUUUUUUACAUUUACACUUUCUUCACUUUGGCAAAUGCUUGAUGUCUACAAAGGCUUGUAGUCGAUAUUAGAACUGUUCUAAUGUGCGAAUAAAAUAAUUUAUAUGUC